UAUAUGCAUUUGUCACUUCCGGUGAGUGAUUCUAACUUACCAGCAGGUCUGAGCUGUAACAUCAAUAGCAGCCUUCUUCAGCAUAAUAGCGCUGCAGCCGCUGCGGGAUCCUCCGGGGAGCAGACAGUAAGGUGACGGCUGAGUCUCUAUCAACCUGCCGUCACAUGCAGCUCAUCUCUGCCUCUCUUUUAUUCCUCCUCGCUUUAUUUGGAAGAGAAGGGCCUGUUUUAAAAGAGGAGAGAAAACCAAACCCUGCAGGAGGUGACAUGCCCUUCACUGGUUUGCGCAGUCAGUGCGCUGAUCGCUGUCAGACGGUGGACGAGGUAAAGAUCGGAAUGGUGUAUUUGAAUUUGUCUUAACACACAGGAAGCUUGGUUGUGUUUUAUAUCUGUGUUUUUGGAUUAUUCACCGGGAGGAAAUAACGAUUUUAAAAGCGGGAUCGCAGAGCCGGAUGACGGGGGGAAUGCAGCACAGCGGGUGUUUGGCUGCAGGUGGAUGGCCAACCUGACGGGCAGCGCUGGCUUCAUCCGGACCUCUGAAAACAAACUGAAAACCAAACAAUAACAACAUUAACAAUAAGAGACCAAAUUAAACUAAUCAACCCGAGCCAUGCUUCCAGGGGUCGGUGUGUUCGGCACCAGCCUGACCGCCAGGGUGAUCAUCCCUCUGCUGAAGAAUGAGGGCUUCGCUGUCAAAGCUCUGUGGGGCCGGACGCAGGAGGAGGCGGAGGAGUUGGCCAAGGAGAUGAAUGUACCGUUUUACACCAACCGGAUCGACGAUGUGCUGCUGCAUCAGGACGUAGAUCUAGUGUGCAUCAACCUGCCUCCGCCUCUAACGCGGCAGAUAGCAGUCAAAACACUGGGUAUUGGCAAGAACGUGAUAUGUGACCGGACAGCCACGCCACUGGAUGCCUUCCGAAUGAUGUCAGCAGCCCAGUACUACCCCAAGUUGCUGAGCAUCAUGGGAAAUGUGCUACGAUUCUUGCCAGCGUUUGUGCGGAUGAAGGAGCUGUUAGAGGAAGGGUACAUAGGGGAGCUCCUGGUUUGUGAAGCUCAGGUCCACAGUGGCAGUCUACUGGGGAAGAAAUACAACUGGAGUUGCGAUGACCUGAUGGGAGGAGGGGGCCUGCACUCCGUAGGCAGUUACAUCAUCGACCUUCUGACUUUUCUGACAGGCCAGCGUGCAGCAAAAGUCCACGGCUUUCUCAAGACCUUCGUCAAACAGACAGACCACAUCCGGGGCAUCCGUCAGAUCACCAGUGACGACUUCUGCACGUUCCAGAUGGUUCUAGAGGGAGGCGCCUGUUGUACCGUCACGCUCAACUUCAACGUUCCAGGAGAGUUUCGGCAGGAGGUGAUCGUCGUUGGGACGGUUGGGAGGUUAACAGUCACAGGGACAGACCUGUAUGGACAAAAGAACAGUGGUGGCGGGGAAAGCGGGGGAGGCCCUGAACUCCUGCUCAAAGACAACACGCCUCUUGAGAAGGCUUCAUUACCAGAGAAGGCCUUUAUUGAUAUUCCGUCCCCAUAUCUCACCGGGACGAUCCGCAUGAUCCAGGCUGUUCGGCAGGCCUUUGAGGACCAGGAUGACCGGCGGACGUGGGACGGGAGGCCUCUGACGAUGGCCGCCACUUUUGAGGAUUGUCUUUAUGCCCUUUGCGUUGUGGAUACCAUCAAGAAAUCCAACCAGUGUGGAGAGUGGCAGAACAUUGUGGUUAUGACUGAAGAACCGGAGAUUAGCCCUGCCUACCUGAUCAGUGAGGCCAUGCGGCGGAGUCGGAUGUCACUCUACUGUUAG